AUGGGUCUCUGGGUGAGGAGUAGUUGGCUGCUGCUGGCUCUGGUUUUUUGGCCGGGGUUUGGCCUUGCUGGAGAUGGGGCCCUGGUAAGACAAGGCCGCCAGUCAGAAUGGUGGAGGAGCCACCAGGGGCCCGUACCUAGCCGGGGUUCUGCUCGACGGGGCUUCACAGAGCUUUACUGGGGAGGUAAUGAGCCUGUGGUUGGGUUUGGGGCUCUCAGAGGUGAAUCUCAGCUCGGUGGACGUGAUGGAAUGCUCCGGCAGCUGCUGCAGAGCAGGAGCUCCCCCAUCAGCGUCCAGUGUGGAGAGGACAUCAUGGUGGUCAGCGUCAAGAGGGAUCUCUAUGGGAAUGGCAAGCUGGUGAGACCUUCUGAUCUGAGCCAGGGACCCCAACGCUGCAAGCCAGACCCCCAAAGUACUGACAGAGUGGUCAUCUUCCAGAAUGGCCUCCAGGACUGUGGCAACACGGUGCAGACAUUUCAGGACUGGCUGAUCUACACCACCAACCUGACCUACAGCCCAACUUCCUCCAUCACGAUCAUCAGAACCAACCCAGCUGUGGUCCCCAUAUUGUGCUACUACUACCGGCACGGUAAUGUCAGCAGCAAGGCCGUUAAGCCCACAUGGAUUCCAUUCAGCACCACAGUGACCUCUGAAGAAAGAUUGUCCUUCUCCUUGCAGCUGAUGACUGAGGACUGGAGUGGCCCCAGAAGUUCUCCCAUCUUCCAGUUGGGAGAUGUCCUCUACAUAGAAGCUUCUGUGGACACUCGGAACCAUAUGAAUCUGGUCCUGUAUAUUGACCAAUGUGUGGCCACCGUAUCUCCUGAUGCCAACUCUGCUCCCAAUUAUAACAUUUUCAUCUUCUGCAGAUGCCUGAUGGAUGGAAUGCAGGAUGACUCCUCCUCGGCCUUCAUCACGCCAAGGGCCCAGCCGGACAAGCUGCGGUUUACGGUGGAUGCCUUCAGAUUCCUUGGUGUAGAGGUGUCCCUGAUCUACAUAACCUGUUACCUGAAAGCUGCUGCAGCCACCCAGGUCCCCGAUUCCAUGACCAAGGCCUGCUCCUACAGCAAAGCCACAACAAGCUGGUCUGCAGUUGAGGGUCCCACCAGUAUCUGCCAGUGUUGUGAGAUGAGCACAUGCAGCAACCCUUCUGGUCCAAUAGCUGGAGGAAGGAGCCGGUUUGGAAGACCAAGAGCAUUUGGGAAGAGGGAAGCUGUGACUGAACUCAACAUAGAAGAGGGACAGAAGGUGACCACUCUAGGACCUCUAAUUGUGAUCGGGCCAAAGCAAAGUGAUGUGGCAGCUGCUGUGACCAAAGAAGAGUCUCCCCCGCUGCAGCUCUGGGUGUUGGUGGCCAUCGGAUGUCUCAGCCUUCUUGUGGUCCUUGUCUGUGUAAUGUUCAUCAGGAAGUCUCUGACAAAGUCUCGUGUGCUGUCCGUGGAACAAUAA